AUUUUGUCCCGAUCUUCGCGUCGUUUUAAUCCCCCCCUCGGCUCGCCGCCGCAGAAGGCCCCCCGAGCGAGCACACUACUCGCCGCUCGGCGCCGGCGUCCCACCGCGGUCCUCCCUUUGGCUUGCGCUGGGCCGCCCUUCUCGCGACCGCGAGCCAGGCGUGUGCAUGCAGCUGCUGACCCCCUCGGGCUGGCUGCCGAGCGUCUCUCUGGAGAACGUGUUCGUGUCCAUCAGGAGCGAGAUGAUCGAGGGAGGGGGGCAACUCGACCUGGAGAACAGCGGGAGGGACUACUCCAUGGGCGAGGCCAGAGAGGCGUUCAACCGCGUGGCCCAGCGCUAUGGCUGGUUGACGCAGUGAGGCGCCUCCCGAGUCCAGGGCCCGCACAGCGGCGGGGUCCAUCCCGACCAGGAGGGAGCCGCGAGAGCAUUGGUCGACGUGCUUCCGCCCGUCUUGCUCCCUCCCUGCGCGCUCGUCUACCUCGCCCAGCUUCCCAAGGGAUCCCCUUUGGCCUCGUCUCCCGCACGUGGCACAGUGUGCGUGGAGCCUUCUGCGGGGCCGCCGCCGCCCCUGGCCCCAUCGGCAGUGCAGAACGGGCCCGAGGCGCCCCGCCUGCCCCGGGCGCGUGCUCGGCAGCGCGGUGGUCCCGGAUGGCCGAA